UCAAUUGUUUCCAUUUUACAUUUCAUUUCCACCUUGCAAACCAACAGGAUCAGUACAAGAUACCUUGUGGGUCCAGUUAUUCAGGUCGGUGCUCUUGCAUCCAAUUGCCAGACUGAUAGAAACAUACGCUUCAAGGUCUGUACCCCUUGUUAGCACAGGUUAUUUCACACAGACGGUUUGAAGGAACUCCAAGAAGAGCGAGCUCAGCAUGGCAUCUCAUGGUAAAGUGGUUCCAGCCGACAAGGAGAACAAAGCUUUUCUUGAUGAACUGCUUCAAGAACACAACAGGUUACGAGCCUUACACCAGGCAGAGCCACUGAAGUUGAACUCUGACCUCUCCAAGCAAGCACAAAAAUGGGCUGAGCAUCUCAUUGGCAUCAAUAGCCUCCAACACAGUGACACCGAGUAUGGAGAGAAUCUCUGGUAUAAAUGGAGCAGCGAUGCAAAGCUACCAACAGGGACCGAAGUGAGUGAAGCCUGGUACAGUGAAAUCAAGGAAUACAACUUCAGUGAUCCAGGCUUUAAGAGUGGGACAGGGCACUUCACCCAGCUGGUGUGGAAGGCAUCAAAAGAGAUGGGUGCUGGCUGUGCGACAGAUGGGAAGGGCACGUUCAUGGUGGUGGCAGUUUACAAUCCACCAGGAAAUAUCACCAAUCCUGGCUACUUCAAGGACAAUAUUUUACCUCCCAGUAAAAAUUGAUGAAGAAGGAAGAGGCAUGGAGUCAAUUGCCAGACACAGUUGUACCGUACACCAAAACCACCAGGAUUACUGGUACUCUCAUUUGGGACUUAAUUGGAAUUUUAAAUAAGAUUUCUUUCCAGGCUUUGGGUGAUUUUACUGUGAUAUAGCUUUAAAAAUACCAUGCAGAUAACACCAACAAACAGAAGACUGCGCAUCCCAGAUUUCCUUCAUUCCAUCAUUGGCAUCUGUAUCUUUAGCUGCCUGGCUCCAAUUCUCUUGCUGAACCUCUCCACCUCUCUACCUCACUUUCUUCCUUUAAGACCCUCCUUAAAACCUAUAUCAUUGACCAACCUUUUGCUCACCUGUUUUAAUAUCUCCUUAUGUGACUUGAUGUAAAAUUAUGUGUAAUGAUCUUCCUGUGAAGUGCCUUGGGAUGUUUUACUAUGCUAAAAGUGCUCUAUAAAUACAAGCUGUUGUUGUUGGAAUAUGCUUGGAGUAUAAUGUAACAAAGUACUUUGUGUAUUCCUGCAAUUGUUGUCACUGUACUUUGUAUGGGACUUUGAAGGAACAAAACUGUUUAUGUACUGAGUUUCCAGUAAUCGGAGGGGUAUUACAGGUCAGAUUUCUUAAAAAAACAACUCUACUGGAGUUAUGGACAAAGAAAUGCUUUGGAUUUCUCCCAGCAGUGUGUAUUCCUUUCUACAAGCUGGAGCUGACCAAGGGAGAACAGGCACUUUAACUUGCUUGUUGACUUGCUUCACCUCCUAUUGGGUUCUGUUCUUACUCUCACUCUCCAAUCCACUCCAUGCUCUGAUUUUAAACACUUUCUGAUUGCAGUUAAAUAAUGAACAGUCUCUAACACCCAUUGAAUGCAGAGUCACACAAUAACAGUGUUUUGAAAUUAAGAUGCCAGGUUUGCAGUAAGAACUUCUCAUGACAUAACUGAAGCAUUUCUCCUCAGGAUUUUGGAACAUUCAUCCACUUUUAAGGCAUCAGGUGUUCAGCAUAUAUGAGGCUGAGCAAGUGACUGUUCUCGGUACCUGGUUGCCAGUGCACGUUGCAUUGACACUGAUGCCAGUUUGUGCCAGUGAAUCACAAUGGACGAUGGAAGGUGUUUUGUCACCCCUCAGCAAGGAUUGCCAACUCCGGUAGUCCAUGUUUCUGGAGAUCUCAUCACAUGAUUUCUGACCUCCAAUCACAUCCAAACAGCCUUCCACACCCCACCCCCAUCACCAAUAUAUUUUAACAAAUAAAUGGAAGAGCUCAAAGAAGAUUAAACGGUCACUACUUCUAUGAUAUUUUUCUGAGGAGGUUAAACUUUACUUAUUGGAGAGUUCAGGAGUCUCUGGACAGUUGACAACUCUAACCCCAGUUGGAACCCUUCCAGCUUCAUUUUCUAUCAUUCUAACUGACAAAUAUAACCUUACCAUGAGUCUUAUCUGAUAUGAGUAAGCCUCAGUGAUGGAAACAUUGACUGUGACUAAUUCUGAACCUGUGUCUGAUCUGCUGAUUUUCACUUGUGAUAUUGGGGUCUGUUUAAACACCAGUGUAGAACUCAUAACUUUGAAUUACAAAUAGGGCGAAAGAUACAUGUUUUGUGUUAACGUUAUGCCUCUUCCAAAAUUUUGAUGUAACCAAUUGUACACUGUGGGAUAUUCUUAAAUUAAAAACAUUGAGGAAAAA